CCCGAACCUUCUAGAAACACCAAACCAACCAGCGCUCCCUCUCUCUCUCUCUUCUCUAUCUCUCUUCUCUAUCUCUCUCUACCUAUAGUUUUCCGGCGAGCUCAACCUCUUUUGUCCGUUCCGGCGGCCGAUUAACUGGCUUAAGCCGCUGUCCGGUGUCGAGAACAUUCCAUCGAUCGCUUCGUCCGAAGAGGCUUCGCUUUUCAGGCUCCGAAUAUUGAAGGAAGUAGUUAUAUAUGGCGCCGUUGCCGGUUGAACAAACCGGCGAGUCGGCCGCCGGAGAGUCGCAGAGAUCUCUUCCGACGCCGUUUCUUACUAAAACCUACCAGCUCGUGGACGAUCCCUGCUUCGACGACUUGAUUUCGUGGAACGAGGACGGAAGCACGUUCAUCGUUUGGCGACCAGCCGAAUUCGCGAGAGAUUUGCUCCCCAAAUAUUUCAAACACAACAACUUCUCGAGCUUCGUCCGGCAGCUCAACACUUAUGGGUUCAGAAAAGUUGUGCCUGAUCGGUGGGAAUUUGCGAACGAGUGUUUCAGGAGAGGCGAGAAAGGGCUUCUCCGAGACAUACAACGGCGGAAAAUCUCGGCGGCGAUGACGUCGUCUACGAAUGGACAGACCGUAACCGUCGCGGUCCCGCCGGCAGCAGCAGCUCGGGUAGUUUCCCCGGCGAACUCCGGUGACGAGCAAGUUCUCUCGUCGAACUCGUCUCCGGCGGCCACAGCCACGGCCAUCGCAUACCGAGGUACAAGCUGCACGACGGCGCCGGAGCUUCUAGAAGAGAACGAGCGGCUGAGAAAGGAGAACGCGCAGUUGAACCAAGAGGUCAGCCGCCUGCGUGGCUUGUGCGACGGCGUACUCGCUCUAAUGACGAACUACGCCUCCGGCCAACAGGAUCCCGUCGGAGUCUCGGUGGGGCAAGCUCUGGAUCUGAUGCCGGCGACAUGUCCCGCGGCGGAGGUUGCCUGCGCCGCCGCGGCCGGAAGCGGAGUGAAGGCGGAGGAGGAACCGAUCUGCCCCCGGUUGUUCGGUGUGGCCAUCGGUGUGAAGCGCGUGAGGCCGGGCGACGAGGACGAGCCGGAGAACCAAGGCCAGGAUCAGGUGGAACCGCAGGCACCGGACGUGAAAUCGGAGCCGUUGGAUGGGCGGCCCGAUCAACGACACGAUUCAUCUCCCUGGCUGGAAAACUUGUGAUUUUCGCCACGUGGGUUGAGCCGAUUGGGAGAUGGGGACCACGUGGACGGUGACGCGAGCAACGAGGAAGGGGUAGACGAGGGACACGUGCCGGGGCGUUCGUUCUGGCCUCUUCUGGUGCGGGAGGGUCGCUAUUGCUUGGGCCUGAAAUCUUCCAGAUCCAGACCUCACGGCGCGCUUGGGCCUCCAACUGAUUUUGCGCUUAAAUCUAUGGCCUAAUUUGCCCACUUCGCUUUAGGGAAAUUUGGGUCAAAUCAAACGCCAAGUGAAGCGACGGGAGGAUGGAGGAGAGAGAGCUGCUGGAAAAAAAAAAGGGGGGUCUUUCAGGGAAGGGGUAUGAGUCGUGGAGGAGUUAAGUCUGUUAAGACAAUAAUUGCUGGUGACUUUGAGUGGGUGAGGUCGUAGUCUUCUUUUUUGUUAACUUAUUUAGGUUUGAUCUACUGAUCAUUUUUGUGCAUGAUUCCCAAAAUUAGGGCUAAUCCCUUGUUGGGUUAUCAUUUUGCAUUUUAAAUUUUAUUAACCGAAUAAAAAUUAGUUAUUUAUCAAAAA